CUGUUACCAUUGUGACAAUGGGUGUGACCCUUGUGGUUAGCUGGCUGACUGCUGCAGCAGCCAUGUAUACACAUAGUGAUUAGCCAAAAAUAAUUGAUGUAUUGGCUGGAAAUAAAUGACAUUUAACAAUGUUCUAAUAUGUCAUUGAAAGGACAGCUCUCAUUGGAUGAAUGAAAGAGAUACAGAAGAGCAUGUGCCAUUCCAUACUGGAAGCCAACAUACUAACACCCUCACUCAUUUGCACCUCACCAUACUUCCCUAGGUGUUGGUCCCCUGGAGUUGCACCUUACCACUUCCACACCCUCUUCUAAACCACAUGACAGAUGUAUUAUUUCUGAUUGGUAGAAGACUCUCAGCAUGGGCUGAAAAAAAAAACCUAAGGCUGAGUGGGCUUAGGGGAAGAUCAGCACUAGACUUAGAGGUGAGCACACCCUGUAUUCUAUAUGAAAUGAAUAGCAAAGCUACAAGAUGUGAUUUCAUCUCUUAUCACCAACUACACAUGAGAAGGAGAGAGCCAUCACAAGAUGACCCACAAUGCAAUAUUCUCAUGUUGGAGAGACCUGAAGAAAUGUUGCAAAUCCUGGAACUCUACAGUGGAAUUGGUGGAAUGCAAACUGCAGCCAGAGAGAGUGGGCUGCCCUUCAAGGUGGUGGCCUCCUAUGAAAUUAAUCCAGUGGCAGUAGAUGUGUACUGUAGCAACUUCCCAGGCACCAGUAAGCCCCGCAACAUUCUAGGGCUCACCAUCGAAGAACUGACUAGACUCUCACCAGAUAUUAUCAUGAUGAGUCCACCUUGCCAGCCAUUUACAAGACAGGGUCUGAAGCGAGAUGCAGAAGAUGCACGCUCCUCCUCCUUCCUGCAUUUGGUGGAUCUGCUGCGAAGGGUCCCACACCCUCCAAAAAUGAUCCUGCUGGAGAAUGUGGCUGGAUAUGAGACCUCCCAGACCAGAGAGCAUCUAGUGGAUAUGCUCCUCCACAGGGGAUACACAUGGCAGGAGUUCCUGUUGUCACCCACCCAGUUUGGAGUUCCCAACUCUCGCCUGCGAUAUUACUUGCUGGCAAGGCUGUCAAUGGAAUCUUUUCCUUUCACCACUUCCCAGGAGGUACUGACUGAUUUGCCAUUCUGCAUGUGUCUACUGAGUGAAGCCUCUAGUGAGUCCCAUAGUAAGGUUUGCUGCCAAUGCUCAAAAUCUAUUAAACCAUCUCUGCAUUCACUUUUGCAGAAGUUCCACUCCUAUCAUCAAGAUAAUCUAAAGAGUAACUCACCAUCAGUGCCACAAUCACUUUCUCAUUACCUUAUUGAUGAGGUAGACUUAAAGGAUUUCUUAUUACCAGAUAAGGUGUUAAAAAAAUAUCAUAUGUUAUUGGACAUUGUUAAUCAUCAGUCCCAAAGAUCAUGUUGUUUCACAAAGGGAUAUGCACACUAUGUUGAGGGAACAGGGUCUGUUGUGCAGCACAACAGUCAGGUUGAUAUGUCAGAGAUUUAUUCAAAAGUACAAGCUCUAGAUGAUGAUGAUCAACUCAAAGUAGAAUUGUUGCAUCAACUGGAAUUGAGAUAUUUCACACCAGAGGAAGUGGCUCGGUUAAUGUGCUUCCCAUCCUGGUUCACCUUUCCUUCCACAACCACAAAGAAGCAGAAAUAUAAGCUGCUAGGGAAUAGCAUAAAUGUCUUGGUUGUAACUUGUCUUUUAUUGGUCUUAGUUGAAAAUCAAUAAACAUUUACCACUUUAUUUC